GAACGCCUGGUCUAAAAUGUGAGUUUUAUUGCACACGAUGUCAACUUUGGGGUUUUAGCAUUUUAGUUUUCCCAAUAUCGGUGGAAGCAAGCGUAACAAGUGUCAUAUAUACUACAUAUCCAGCUAAGCCGAUGCUUUAACACCUUUUAGCCUGCACAAGCGCUAAUUUUUCUCUAGAACAUGAAAGGACGAGUGACUAUCUUCUCUAUAACUGGGUGCCCUUUCUGCGUGCGAGCGAAAACAAAGCUUCGAGAUGAGUUAAACCUUGAGUUUGUUGACAUAAAUUUGGACAGACAUCCAGAGAGGCGACAAGAAGCAAUGGAGAGAAGUGGAAAGCGAACUGUUCCACAGAUCUUCUUUAACAACAUUCACGUUGGUGGCUUCGAUGACCUCGAUAAACUUUCUGCUGAUAAGAUGGAAGAGCUGAUCAAAGAAAUCAAAGAACACUCCCCUCCCCCAGAGGCACCCCAACCCCCUCCCCCUGAGCCCAGUGAAGACACAGGCAGCCCAAAUGCUGAUGAUGAUGUGUCAUUUACCUGUGAGAUGGAUGAGUAUGCAGAGCUAGUAAAAGCCAUUAGGGAAAGUGGUCUGGUCAAAGAUCACAAGGCAGGCUUUCUCAAAACUUACAGGAACUCAUUUAUUGGCAGAGAAGUGGUGGAUUGGUUAGUCAGCACAAGGCAAAUUGAGCGAGAGAAAGCCAUCCAAAUGUGUAAACAGAUAGUUGAGCGACGUUUUGGCCAUUCUGUGGAAGGUGAAGAAGUUGAAUUCAAGGAUGAUGCCUCGGUUUAUAGAUUCCUUGAGGAUGAUGAAAGUAAUGCCUUGAAUGCUGGGUUGGGAUCCCUGUGUGAACCGCGGCCAGCACCAGAGGUUGGGGAGGAGUUGCGUCACCUUAUUUUACAGCUCUACAACAAGCAUUUAUCUCCAGACGGGAAGGGUGUGGACUACACAGCAAUGGGGCAGAGCACCCAAUUCCAGGAUUAUGUUAAGCACACAGCCGAACUGCAGCGGGUGAACCUGGAAACAGCUUCACGUGAAGGAAAACUUGCUUUCUUCAUCAAUAUCUACAAUGCCCUGGUCAUACAUGCAACCGUCACUAAGGGACCACCGGUCAACCUGUGGCAGAGAUAUAAGUUCUUUAACACUGUCAGUUACAUCAUUGGAGGUCAUGUGUAUUGCUUGAACGACAUCGAGAAUGGUGUGUUGCGCUCUAACCGCCGCGCUAUUGGCGCCAUACGCAGACCAUUCAGCAAAAAAGAUCCUCGGCUAAAGAUAGCACUAGACCAACCUGAGCCCAAGGUCCAUUUUGCAUUGGUCUGCGGUGCAAAGAGCUGUCCACCAAUCAAAACGUACUCUGCUAAGGGAGUUGACGAAGAGCUGAACGUAGCAGCUGAGGCCUUCCUGGAAGGUGAAGACGGUUGUCGAAUUAACAUGAUCAAGCGAGAGAUUCGCCUCAGCAAGAUCUUUCAGUGGUAUAAAGAAGACUUUGGAUCAAGUAAUGCUGAGGUCGCACGGUUUGUUAGCAGACACAUGGCAGAGGGAGAAAAGAAAAGUCAACUGGACGAGCUACUGCACCGCAAAGAUUUCAAGGAAGCUAAUCCGGCAAUGUGUGGUUUGCGACAUGGUACCACGAGGACGAAGACGCUAAUAAAUAAGUAAAUAAAUAGAUAGGUGAAUAAAUAAAACAAGAACAACACUAAUUAUCUCGCUAGGGAGCCUCGAUUGAAAAAGUGUUACAAGGAGAAUUACAAAAGACAGACUGGGGGAGAAUGUUCCAGAUCGGACAAAAAAAGUAGAGAGUCUUGAACGCUCACAUAGCUACCAGGAUGCAACGCUCGCCAUUUACACCCUCCACGAUUUGAUUGAAUCAUCAACUAGAUGAUGAUGAGUCAGCCAGUGGCAUUUAAUAACUUACAUUUGACUUAAUUUUGUUUUUAUUUAUGGCUGAACUAUUUAAUUCUAUGGUACUUUGUACAUAAAAUAAAUGCUAUAAUGGUAUUUUUAAAUAGUUAAAACUAUUUACUAUUAUUAUAUUUACUUAUUAACCAUAAUCAUAUACAACCAUAAAAGAAAUAUUUAUUCUCAGUAGAAACUAGCGCAAUGUCAAUUAAAAAAUCACAAAUCAUUAAAACUUGUUUGGGCGAAAUUCA